AUGAAGGUCCUCUUUCUUCUCGCUGUUCUCCACUGUUUGGUCCCAAUGAACUCAGGGGAUAUCCCACCUGGAAUACGAAACACUAUCUGCCUUUUGCGCCAUGGGACCUGCAGGCUGUUUUUCUGCCACGCUGGUGAGAAAAAGGCUGACAUCUGCUCCGAUCCUUGGAAUAGGUGCUGCUUAUUGCCGGGGGCGGAUGACAGCACUCAGUCCUGA